CUUCCUCAGCCAAGUCUGAAGUGAUGGUCUACUGCAAGCUGUGCCUUAUUGAGCACCCAAAAGCAUCAACCAGCACACUGCACACCUGUAACUGUGUCUUCUGCACUAUGUGUCUGAAGCAGUAUGUUCAACUGGCAAUCCGGGAGGGUGGGGGCGGCCCAGUCACGUGUCCAGACAUGGCCUGUCAGAGGACAGGAGUCCUACUCAACUCUGAGAUAGCCUGUUUUGCCUCUGCAGAUCAGGUCGAGCUGUACCAGAGACUGAAGUUUGAACGAGGGGUACAGCUGGACCCUAGUAGAGUGUGGUGCCCGGUUCUGGAGUGCCAGGCUGUCUGCAGUGUCGGGCCCAGCUCAGAGGGGCAGCCUACAUCUGUGCCCUGCCCAGCCUGUCACGCCACCUUCUGCUCAGCCUGUAGAGGGCCCUGGCAGGAUGGCCACGCCUGCCCUGAGCACCAGCCUAUGAGGUCAUCAUCACUCACCUCACAGAGCAGACGCCGGUCAUGCAGUGACUCUGAUCUGCCUAUAAAGCAGUGCCCCAUUUGUGGAGUGUACAUCGAGAGGAACCAGGGUUGUGCCCAAAUGCUAUGCAAAAGCUGCAAACACACAUUCUGCUGGUACUGUUUGCAGAACCUGGAUGGUGAUAUAUUCCUGAGGCAUUACGAUAAAGGGCCGUGCAGAAACAAGCUUGGCCACUCCCGAGCUUCAGUCAUGUGGAACAGAACACAGGUGGUGGGCAUACUGGUUGGCGUCAGUGUCAUCGUGCUGGUGACCUCCCCUCUCCUCCUGCUGGCGUCACCCUGCAUCCUGUGUUGCGUGUGGAAGCCCUGCCGAGGCUCCAAGAAGAGAAGGAAGAAGAAAGAUCUCCCACAGCUUUGACCAAACCCCCACCUGGUCAUAAAGAGAGACUGACUCUAAUUGUCACCAAGCUCUUGGACUGUUAAAUCAAUAUAGGAAGUAAAUUGAUGGAAGAAUGUUUAUUAAAAAAAAAAAAACAUGGGGAUGAUUUUCAACUAAUUCAUGUCAUUUUAAAUAAUUUUCUUUGUUUGAAAGCAUUCCAACUUGACCCAGACCAUGAUUCCAGCCCCUUCUCACACAGUAGAGAACAGAACCCUGUUCAUUUGCCAAAUGUCAUGAUGCCAAACCAGUCUUGUUAGGUGCACAAGUGCCUCCAUCCUACAGUGCCUGGUAUUUGGUGGUAUUUGUUUUUGCCUUCCAUUAUAUUAUGCAGAACUGUGUUGUUUCUGAAUGUAAGAGCUGUGUUGUCCUGGGGAGGUUCACGGGUCUGAGAUGCUGCAUUCAUUGUACAUGUGCCACUGGAGCAUGAUUACGAAUCCCACCCACUACUCUGUUAGCAGAACAUUCUCCUCUGUCUCCCCACUGUCUCUGUCCAAUGAAGCAUUAAAAUAACUACAAAUAUAUAUUUAAAAAAGAAGAAAGCGAAGUUCUAUGGAAACUGCAUUGCACACUAUCUUAGAUACUGUUAAAGAAGAGUAUGUAAAUCCCAAAUGGCACAUAGUCACCUACAUGUAUAGUGUACUGGUUUUCUCCAGGCUCUAGUCAAAUGUAGUGCACUAGUGGGAAAAGGGGGAUCAUUUGUUAAGUCACCAGUAAUAAAAGGGCUUCAACCGUGCAAAUAGAAAGAUGUUCUGCUGCUGACGGAUGUUAUUGUUUCUACCUGGUAUUCCAGUCCAGGUGAAUUCUAUCUACUACUGCUAUUAUAAUGGUUGUAAAAAUGUAUUUAUGGUGUCCUGUGUUGUUUCUACUUUUUUUGUUGAUAUUUCUGCAUCUGAUAUUUUGUAAAAUC